UCGCCCCGGGGCUCAGAUGAAGCACGUCGCUGCGUACCUUCUGGCCCAGCUCGGCGGCAACGCCAGCCCCUCCGCUGCGGACGUGACGUCUAUCCUCGACAGCGUCGGUGUCGAGCCAGACUCUGAGAAGCUCGAGAAGCUGCUCGGGUCCCUUGAGGGCAAGGACCUGGUUGAGGUCCUCGCGGCGGGCAAGGCCAAGAUGGCCGCCAUGCCCUCGGGCGGCGGCGGCGGCGGCGGUGGCGGCGGCGGCGGCGGCGGCGAUGCCGCGCCGGCGGCGGGCGAGGCGGCGGCCGCGCCGGCGGAGAAGGCGCCUGAGCCGGAGGAGGAGGAGGAGGAGAUGGGCUUCGACCUGUUCGAUUAAGCUCACCGCCUUGUCGCUCGCUGCCUCACGGGCGUGGAGGUGCAGGGCCGAGGCUGUCGUCGCCAGUGGCCGGGUGGAGUGGGGGCGGUGGUAGAAGCAGAUGGAACGCGGCACCGAGCCGUGCAGUCGCCGACGCCGCCCCCCUCUGGCCCCGGUCCCGGUCCUCGCGCGGGAAUCCUAACCGGGUGGGAGGGAGUAUGAAAAUGUCCUCAAUUUGUCAGUGUGAUUUCACAA